AUGAAUCGUAAAACGAAAUUAACAUUGGGUCGUCAAGAAGAUGAAAUAUUUAUUCCAUCAACACAUCCAAGCACACAAGAUGAUGUUAAACAAUUAGAAGAACGUUUUCAUAUGCAAUUAUACAAAGAGCUAGCACUUGAAAAUGGUUUAUGUCCUAAACGACGUCGAAUCUAUGAUGAUUUGUUUAAUGAACUUAUUCGUAUAGUAAACGUUGAAUGUUCCGAACGUGGUCAAUUACUUCAAAGGGUUAAAGAUGAGCAUCAACAAUGGAUGAACACCUAUGAGGAAUUAUAUUCUAGUAGUAUGGCCUAUGGUAUGAGACAAUGUUUAAAUAGAAUGGAAGAAAACAAGAACUUAGAAAUUAAGAUUGAAAUUUUAGAAGAUGAAUGCAAAAAAUUACGUGACGAACUUGAAAAAGAAUCGGUGAGAUUUGAAAAAGUCACUGAUAAAUCAAGUAACAAUAUGCAAACCGAAGAUUCUGAACUACGCAUAUUACGUAGUAAUGUUAAAUUUCUUCAAUCAACCAAUAACAAACUCAAAAGUGAUCUUGACAAUGUAUUAAAUGAAAUUUUAUCAUCGACUAUUUUUCUUGGAGAACCAAUCGAUCGCGAGAAAAAAACAGUAACAUAA